CCUGUCCUGCUCUGAGUCUCGGUGAAGAACAGUGUAAUUCAAUGUAAUGAUAUCAGCGUGAGGAGGAGAUGAUGACUCCUGUUAAAGGAUUAGUUUUAUUUCUGAUGAUUGGUUUUCUCCCGGCUUCGUUUGGAGAUAAUCACUCUCUGUUAUAUCUCUACACCAUGCAGUCUAAAAACUCUGAUUCUCAUCUCUACGACUGCACUGCUGAAACUCUGCUGAACGACAGACAGAUAGAUUUCUACAACAGCAGCUCAGAUAAACCCAGAACUGCUAAACAGAACUGGCUGAAGAUCAUUUCAGAAUCUGACUGGAAAAUCAGCACUGAGAAACUACAGUAUGAUGCACUACUGUUAAAUAGACUCAUCGACAUUCAGAUGGCUGAGUCUGGAUACAAUCAAUCAGACGGUCAUGUUCUUCAGUGGAGGCACGGCUGUGAGGGUGAACAGAGUUCUGAUGGAUCUCUGACUGUAUUAAACAGUAUUAAUGAAUUCGGUUAUGAUGGAGAAGAUCUGAUUCAGUUUAACUGCACCUCUAAAACCUGGAUAACCCCGGAGGAGAAGAAGAACAGAGAGAGGGAGGAGAAGAAGAACAGAGAGAGGGAGGAGGAGAAGAACAGAGAGAGGGAGGAGGAGAAGAACAGAGAGAGGGAGGAGAAGUGGAGUAAAAUCUUUAAUGCUGUUUGGAAAUGUGAGCAGUGUGUGGAGAUGCUGAAGAUUUAUUUACGGAACAAUAUUACUGAACAGUACAUAACUACUGACAUCACACCAAGUCAAACUACACCUGCUGUUCAUAUUUUUGCAAAGAAAUCUAUAAGAGACUUGAGUACACUAAACCUGACCUGCAUGGCCACGGGAUUCUACCCCAAAGACGUGAAGAUGAGUGUGAGGAAGUUCGGUACUUCAUUUCCUGAUCAUCUGAUCACAUCUUCUGCAGUCAGACCCAAUGAUGAUGAAACCUACCAGCUGAGGAAGAGUGUGGAGAUACAGGAAGAUGAUUCAGCAGAUUACAACUGUUACGUUUCCCACAGCUCCCUCACAGAACCAGUGAUUAAAAAAUGGGCUGGAAACUCUGAGGCCCCUGUUACUAAAGCUUUGGUCGCAGUGCUUGUAGUGGUCACAGUGGUUAUAAUGGUCCUGUGUUCUGUGAUCUUCUGUGUUCUGAUAAAGAAAAGAAGAAAAUGUGAGUAG